AUGGGGAUGUGUCCAGCAUAUGUUCUGCAGUUAAAAAACAUGCUGAAAAAACCGAAGGCAGUAAGAUUGCUCGUCUAUGCUGCCAUUGCUCAGGGUGUUCUAGGAUGCCUCACAUCACUGCUGGGUGCUGUAGCCCCAGAAUGGGUGUACACGGAGCACGGCAUUAGAGCGGGUCUCCUUCUUGCCUGCAAUGGGACUUGCGAGGCGUUUGCCGCAGAAGGGGCAAUCGUGGCGUCCAAGGUGUUUGUAGUGAUCGCUUUUUUCUACGCAGUGGCUGGAGUCAUCGACUUGCUUGUGUACUACAUCAGGUUUUUCCGCCAUGACGUCAUUCACAGAUCACUACCUAUGAUUGCUGCUGUUCUCUAUUUUAUUGCAGUUGUGUUGCAAGCCACAGGAGUAAUCAUCUUUGCAGCCCAAGGAAAAACUGACGCAGAGAUGGCCCUUGAAAGUCCUGUAACUCUUGGCUACGCCUUUACUGUGACGAUUAUCGCUGGAGUUAUACUGGCCCUUGCCGGCAUUUCGUCCUUACUUCAUCGUUCUGGUUUGGCCAAUGUUUCAGAGGAUAUAGAACUUCAAGAUAGCGAUCACCCAUAUUAA